AUGGGAGGCCUGAUAGAGGUUUUUCUUCACUGGAAAUGGCAACCAAGUGGCUGUGACUUACCUGCUUUUGAUCCACUCAAAUUUCUGAAUGCAAUGCGCGAUAAAUCAUGGGCAUUUAUUGGCGAUGCAAUCUUCCACAACCAUGUUUAUUCUUUGCUCUGCUUAACCUCGUCGGUAACGAAAGCUCAUGAGAUAUAUUAUGACGGAUACAACACUAGGACAUGGUACUAUCCCUCAUACAACCUCACCAUCUAUAGCAUCUGGUCUCCAUAUCUGCUCGCUUCUGAGACUGAAAAUGGACCGACCCAUGAAAUUCAUCUUGACAUCCUGGAUAGCAAGUGGACUGAGAUGUAUAACAAGUACGACUACAUGGUCAUUUCUGGUGGCCAAUGGUUCUACAAAAGAACAAUCAUGUAUGAGAACAACGAAGUGGUAGGCUGCCAUUACUGUCCUGACUUGGAGCUUAAGAAGAUCGACUAUGAAGUGGCCUACAGGAGGGCACUCCAGUUGACUUUCAAGUUCAUCACUACAUCUGAGCACAAGCCCUUUGUUGUCUUUAGGACGUGGGCACCAAGCCACUGGGAGGAUGGAGAAUCGCCUAGUGAAAGAAUUUGCAACAGGACUAAGCCAUUUAUAGAAGGGGAAAUCAAUGGUAGUACUUCAGACCUGAAAAUGUGGAGACUUGAGACUGAGGAGUUUGAGAAGGCUGCUGCCAUUGGAGCAACGAAUGACGUGAGAAUGGAGCUCCUUGAUGUUUACCAGCUUUCACUGUUGAGACCUGAUGGGCAUCCAGGUCCUUAUGGGACUUACCAUCCAUUUGAUGAUGAUCCGAGCAAGAAAGUUGAGAAUGACUGCAUCCACUGGUGCUUGCCUGGUCCUAUUGACACCUGGAAUGAACUGCUCAUGAAGGUGAUCAAUCGAGAUGUUCUUGACUCUGUGUCUGCUUUUCUCUAGAUUUUAGUACCUUGCCACUAUUUUCUUGUGUGUGAAUAAUUGGCGGAGACGGUCAUGUUUCUGUAUUGUUUUGUUAUUUUUGUUAUGUUUUUUUUGUCUAAAUGCAUUCAAUAUCUUUUUUCUUA